UCUUAAUUCUUAUCCAAUUGUCUGCAAAGUGCAAACUAAACAAUUUGAUAUAUGUGUGAAACCUCCAUUAAAGACUUUUGUGGUCGCAUUAUAAUUAAACGUGUUUACCUCUCCAAUCUUUCUAAACAGUAACCCAACUAAUACACUUUAUAUUCUUCCAAAAUAGACUGCUAUGCAAUUUCCCCCCUCCAAACCAAUCACCGAACCAAUUCCCCAAACCAACAACUCACACCGAACCGCACAAAAUGGAUGCUAAGCGCCGCGCCGUGCGGAACUUAGUAACAAAGCUCAGCUCCGUUUCCGAACGAACUCGCAUCGAAGCUCUCUGCGAGCUUCGGAUCAUGUCAAAAGAAGACCCGGAAACCCGACCCGUAAUAGCCGAAGCAGGUUCAAUUCCUUAUCUCGCUGAAACUCUCUAUUCCUCUUCACACCCUGCGCAAGAAAACGCUGCAUCAACGCUUCUAAACCUUUCAAUAACUGAAAAAGAACCUAUUAUGUCCACGCGCGGUGUUCUCGACGCGCUAGCACACGUGAUCUCUCAUCAUUCUUCAACCUCCGCCGCCGCCGCCGUACAAUCGUCCGCCGCUACGAUUCACAGUCUUCUUUCUUCCGUCGAUGAUUAUCGAACCGUCGUUGGAUCAAAACGCGAAAUCGUUUACGCUCUCGUUGAUAUCCUCCGUUGUCACCGUUCCUCACCGCCGCGCACCGUUAAAGAUUCUUUGAAAGCGCUUUUCGCAAUCGCGCUUCAUCCGUUAAACCGCGCUACUAUGGUUCAAUUCGGCGUCGUUCCCGCACUUUUCUCUCUCAUCGUCAACGACGGUAGGGUAGGGAUUGUUGAAGACGCAACCGCCGUCAUCGCGCAGGUCGCCGGCUGCGAAGAAAGCGCCGAGGCCUUCCGUAAGAUCUCCGGCAUCGGCGUACUCGCCGAUCUACUCGAUCUUACUACCGGUUCCAGUAUGAGGACAAGAGAAAAUGCUGUGUCGGCGCUUCUCAAUCUUGUGCGAUGCAGCGGAGAUGCGGUGACCGGAGAUGUUAGAGACGCCGUAGCUUUCGGUGCGUUGGACGGAAUCGCUGAUGUGAGAGAGAAAGGUAGCGCUAAGGGUAAGGGUAAAGCUACGGAGUUGAUGAAGGUUAUGCUUGGGGAUGAUCAUAACAAUGUCGUUUUUGAUAGUGGUUCGUCGUUUGGGUCUUUGAUGAAUGAAGAUAGUGGUUCGUCGUUUUGAACAUUGGGUCGUCGUUUUGUUGUUUUGGUGAAUUGAGUCUUAGAUUGGCGGAUUGUGUACAAAAAGAUUAGAUUAGAAUUUUGUUGUGAGUAACUUAUUGUUGAUGCUGUGAUUCUAUUGAUUAUUAUUAUGUUGUGAUAUGAACAAUAUCAUGAUAUGUUGUACAUUCUUACAUCUUACAUAAAAAUAAAGCUUUAUUAGUGCAACUUCCAGGG